GCAUUUGGAUUUCUUUGAGAUGGUUCGAAAUGAGGAUGAGAGGGAACUAUCCAAGAGGUUUGAUACAGUUCAUAUAGAUACAAGAAGUGCAACUAGUAUGUUUGAAUUACUUCGGAAGAAACUUGCACAUACCGCUGCCUAUCCACACCUAUUGUCCUUAUUAGAGCACUUUCUUCUGUUACCGAGAAAUUCCAGCAGUGCGCAUUAUUGGAUGCUGAUUGACCGACUUGUCCAGCAAGUCGUAUUACAGUACGAGAAUGGUGAAGAUCCAGACGUUGCACCGUUGGAAUUGAACACGAACCAGUUGAUGGAACGAAUGGCCAAUGAGGAUGAGGUAUUGAAAAAACAAAGUGAAGAAUUCGAAAAGG